AUGUUUGAGGACUACAUUCACAUGAACCGCGGCAUCAACGAUAGUGAAGAUCUGCCGGCUGAGUACCUGGGUCAGAUAUACGAUGAGAUUGCCGGCUGCGAGAUCCGUAUGCGCGGUGACGGUGUCCGCAGCAAUAGUACUGUUACUGGACCCAUAUCAAUUCCGGGCGGCUCUGAGAGGGUCACUGAUACCAACUCUGCCAGCCAAAAUGGAACCAUAGCUCCAGGCUCCGCCUCCGCUGCGGUCUCGGAUCUGAAACAACCGUCAAGCGAAGCCGACUCUGAUAAGAUGGAUUCUACCGCUGGGACAAUGAGAUCACAACUGGCGCGUGAGAUUUACGCGAUGGCUAAAAAUGCCAUGCACCUGAUGGAGUCGGUAUGUAAUUAG